AUUAGCCAGGUACAGUUCUUCCCCAACAAGAAGGCAUUGGAAUGGUGUCAAACAUAUAUUCCGAUAUCUCAAUGGUACAAUCGAUCUUGGAUUGUAUUUCAAGAAUGGUGCAAAUGCCACUUUAAUUGGCUACGCGGAUGCAGGAUACUUGUCUGAUCCACAAAAGGCAAAAUCACAAACAUGAUAUUUAUUCACCUAUGGUGAUACCGCUAUAUCAUGGAGAUCAAUGAAGCAAACAUUAACUGCAACAUCAUCAAAUCAUGCAGAAUUAAUUGCUCUUUAUGAAGCAGGUCGUGAGUGUGUCUGGUUGAGAUCAAUGAUCCAGCACAUACAAAAUGAAUGCGGUAUAAAAUCUUUUACUUCUAAUCCUACUGUGAUUUAUGAAGAUAAUACAGCAUGUAUAGCUCAGAUCAAAGGAGGUUACAUCAAAGGGGACAGAACAAAGCAUAUAGCACCAAAACUUUUCUCCACACAUGAUCUUGAGAAAGACGGAACGGUUGAUGUCAAACAAAUCAAGUCAUGCGACAACCCUGCUGAUUUGUUCACAAAGUCAUUGGCACCGAAGAAAUUUGAAGAACUGGUCCAUAAAAUUGGAAUGUAUCGUCUUCGAGAUAUAUGUUAAAUUGAGGGGGGGUAAUAUAAUGCACUGCACUCUUUUUCCCUUCGUCAGGUUUUUAUCCCACUGGGUUUUUCUUGACAAAGGUUUUUAACGAGACAGUACGUUAUAAUACUAUGAAACUAAUACCCCAGAAUAAUUAGAAGAUGACCAUUCAAGGGGGAGUGUUGAAAUAUAAUUGAAUUAGUCAUCUUCCAACUAUUCCUGAUUAGGAAUUAUUAUCACCAUUAUAUAAAUAAUUAGGAAAUCAUAAUUAUGAUUUCAAGGUGAUAAAUGUGUGGCUCACAAUGAUCUCCUAAUCUCAUUGAGCUCACACUUUCUCCUAUAAAUAGGAGUCAUUCUCAUUGUAAUUAACACACCAUGGUUACACCAUUAUCACACUCUCAAUAAUAUAAUCUAUCACUAAGUGUUCAUACUAUAUUUCUCUCCCUGAUCUUCUGCUUAUUUCCUUCCAUAUUAUAACAGAAAUAAGUUUGUUUAGCAUCUCACCAGCAAAUCACCUCCAAACAUUCACCUUACUCCCAACUCCCAAGUCGAUAAUUGCCAAAUGAAAGACACUCAUUACUACGAACUCCCUGAAUUGCCAGGCAUGGGCGUGCCUAGCAGGGAGGCACGUCGUGCCUGGCCAUGAUGCGCGGGAUUCCCCCGGAGGCACGGUUGAAGACACUGUCUGCCUCUGAAAAUCCUAAUUCAGCUCAAAUUUCACCCGUUUUUUUAUUUAAACGGCCCGUAAAUCUCCUUUUUGAGGGGGCUUAGAGAGAGUGCCGAACACGAAAUUUAGAGAGCUUUUCGGCCUUGUUUAUCAAUGUUUUGGGAUUUUUUUGGCUUUGACUAUGUCGGCCGCUGGAGCCUUUUUCCGAUUUCGACUUUGUCGAAGAUCGGCUUUGCUAUCCCUUAGCUUGGUCGCUGGUGCUCGGCUGGAGUCCAAGUCAGACGCGAAGGGCGGAGAUCGGUGGAGGAGGACGGAUUUGCUGUCAUGGCUCGAGGAGAUCGGCGAUGUGGUCAAGGGUCGAGGAUGCAGCGUUGCUGACUUGCUGUCGUCGUUGGAGAAGAUCGGCGCCGCCUAUCCGUUUACUCUGGUCGCACGGAGCAUGGAUGAGUUUGGUUAUGUGGGGAAAGAGGAUUGAUGCAUGGUUUUUGGCAGCCAAAUGUCAUGGAGGAUCAAUUAGCAUGGUACCGGUGGUACGACAUGCUCUUGAACCACCACCAUGGGAUGUACAAGGCGUUAGAGUUCGUGAAAGUUUUUCUUGUAGUUUUUAUCUGUUUGUUAUUUGUUUUCUUGUGUCUUUUUGUGUUGUUGGUUUUGACAGUUGUUUGAGUUUUUUUGCCGCUGUUUAUGCCAUUGGGUAUGGUUGGAUCUAUGAGAACAGAUUUGGUUGUGUCAAGCCCACUACAUGGUUAGCGAUUCGUGUUGCUCUCUCAGGGGUGACCGUCUCAAAGUCUCACCAUAAGGUUAUAGUCGUAGUUGUUGGAGUUUCAGUUGGUGUCAGUUUUAUUUUCUCUUUGUUUAAUGUAAUGAUCCUGAAUCUUUUGAUAUGAAUAGAGGUCUGUUUUGAUAAUUAAAAAAAUUGGCUAAACGCCC